GAUUUUAGUCCCUUUCCUACGUGUUUCUUCUAUCACUACACAAUUUGUUGUCUUUUUUUUUUCUUCCAUGAAUAGAAAUCCGAAUUUCCCUGAACAUCUCAAAUCUAUUGAGGAAAAACAUUAGUCUAAACCCUAUAAAUUAAUUGAGAGCAAAGCUUGACAACAGCAUCCAAUUUAUCUUAUACUAUAGAAAGCCAAUGUCUAAAGUAGCAUCAGUUCCCGUCUUCGCCCAGGAUGCCAAACCCAACUCUAACAUCACUCGACACACUGCAACUUUUCAUCCUUCCAUUUGGGGAGAUUAUUUCCUUUCAUAUGUUCCUACUUUUUCGGAAGGUGACAUCAACAUGAAACAACUUCAACUAUUAAGAGAGGACGUGAGGAAGAUGAUUGUUUCUCCUAUUGAUAUCAAUAUUAAUUUAUCUUUUAAAUUAAACAUUAUCAAUGCAGUCCAACGCUUGGGUGUUUCUUACCAUUUUGAACACGAAAUUGAUGAAGCAUUGCAUCAAAUUUACAACAUUUCAACGAAGGACAAUAAUAUAACAAUUGUCGAUGAUGAUCUUCAUUUUCUAGCUUUACUUUUUCGAUUGCUGAGACAGCAAGGUUAUCGCAUUUCAUCAGACGUCUUUCGCAAAUUCAAGGACCAAUCUGGAAACUUCAAUGAAAGGUUAGCCAAUGUUAUACAAGGAAUGUUGAGCUUGUAUGAAGCUGCCCAACUAAGAUUACAAGGAGAAGAGAUACUCGAAGAAGCACAUAACUUCACUCUCAUUCAGUUAAAUAAGUCAGUAACCAGCCUAUUAAGUCCUUUUCUUGCAGCACAAGUGCACCAUAGCUUAGGACAAUCACUUCGCAAGGGAAUGCCUAGGUUGGAGGCAAAAUAUUAUAUUUCUUUCUACCAAGAAGAUCCCUCCCACGAUGAAAAGUUGUUAACAUUUGCAAAACUAGAUUUUAAUAUGUUGCAGGAGCUACAUCAAGAAGAAGUCAGUAGUAUGACCAAGUGGUGGAUUCAAGAUUUGAAUGUUUCAACAAAUAUGCCUUUUGCACGGGAUAGGAUUGUAGAAAGUUGCUUUUGGAUUUUAGGGGUCUACUUUGAGCCACAACAUUCUCUUGCUAGAAGGAUAAUGAUUAAAGUAAUUGCUAUAUCAUCCAUCAUUGACGAUAUGUAUGAUGCUUAUGGAACCAUUGAUGAGCUAGAGCUUUUCACCAAUGCAAUAGAGAGCAGGUGGGAUAUUUGCGCUUUGGUUGAUCUCCCAGAAUACAUGAAAUUAUGUUAUGCGUCCCUUUUGGAAGUUUUUGAAGAAAUAGAGCAAGAGUUGAGAAAACAAGGGAAAGCACACUUCGUCAAAUAUGCUAAGAAAGAAGUGAAAAGACUAGUCCAAGCAUACAUAACUGAGGCAAGAUGGUUUCAUUACAAUCAUAAACCGACAGUAGAAGAGUACAUGAAAGUUGCAACUAUGUCAUGUGGGUUUUCUAUGCUCACAACCGUAUCUUUCCUUGGUAUGGAAGAUACAACAGAGGAGGUCCUCAAAUGGGCAACCAGUGACCCAAAAAUAGUUGUAGCUGCUUCAACUCUUUGUAGGCUCAUGGAUGACAUUGUUGGAAGUGAGUUUGAGCAAAAAAGAGGACACGUUGUCUCAUGCCUAGAAUGUUAUAUGAAGCAACACAAUGCAUCAAGACAAGAUGCCAUUGAAGAACUACUUAAGGAGGUUGAGAGAGCUUGGAAGGACAUUAAUGAGGAAUGCCUUAAUCCAACUCAAGUACCAAUGACUUUUCUUAUCCGUGUUGUCAACCUUGCGCGGAUGAUGGAUGUGCUUUACAAAGAAGAAGAUAGUUAUACAAAUGCGGGGGGAAUAAUGAAAGAUUACAUCAAAGCUUUACUGGUUAAUAAGAUAUAAGCUACUCUUUAUUAUAUUUUGGGUCAAAAAUACUUUUUAUUAUUAUAUUAGGAAAAAAUAUUUUGUAUUGUAUAUUUAUUUAUUUAAUUAUUUUGAGAAAAACAGAACGGGUCAGAAAGAGAAACGGAUUGGUUGAUUUGGCCCAAUUGAUUA